CGUUGAAUGACGUCAGUGCCAUCCUGGCUACUGCCCUUCUCAAGAUGGCGCUGCGGCCGGGAUCAUCUGGAGGCGGCAGUUUCAUGUAUCCUGUUGGAGGGAGUUUGGGACCGCCUCAAGGCUUGGUCCCCAUACAGCAGCAGCAGCAGCAACAUCCACACCAGCCACAACAACAGCAGCAACAGCAGCAGCAGGGCUUCCCAAUGGUUCAGGUCAUGCAGCCAAAUAUGCAAAGCAUGAUGGGAAUGAACUUUGGGGGACAGAUGCCUCCAGGAGCCAUGCCAAUGCAGGCCAGGAUGGCGAUUGGGAUGCAGGCCCCCGGGAUGCCGUUCUUGGGUCAGCCCCAGUUUAUGGGCAUGAGACCUUCUGGCCCACAGUACACCGCCGACAUGCAGAAGCAAAUGGCAGAGGAGCAUCAGAAGCGUCUGGAGCAGCAGCAAAAGAUGCUUGAGGAGGACAGGAAACGGAGGCAGUUUGAGGAGCAGAAGCAGAAGCUGAGGCUGCUCAGCAGCGUCAAACCCAAGACAGGGGAGAAGAGCCGGGACGACGCUCUGGAGGCGAUAAAAGGGAACCUGGACGGUUUUAGCAGGGACGCCAAGAUGCAUCCAACGCCGUCAUUACAGAGCAAGAAGCCAGACUCGACCUCAUCUCCAUCAUCAUCAUCAUCCCUCUCAUCUGUUGCCACUCCCUCCCUCCCCCCGCCUUUGUCCGAGGACAAUGAUGAAUUUAGUGACUUUCAAGGGCCCGCUUCCCCCUUCCCUUCCUCUUCCUCGGCGGGACCCUCCCACAGGAGCGUCACGAUGGGUUCUCUCACAACCGUUUUCCCCAAGGAAGACGAGGAGUUCAGCGACUUUGUUCAGGGCCCUGUGGGUUCCGCACACUCGCACCUUUCCUCUCAAGUCCACCCUUCCCUCCCUUCCUCUGUGUCCAUUUCCACUGCCACUCCUCCACACUCUGUCAUCAACAGCAGCUCGCAAACUUCAUCUCAAGGUCCUUCCCUUGAAGAGAAGCUUUUCUCCUCUUGCGACCUCACGGCCGGCAAGACAGCACACUUAAACUUUAAACCCAGGCAGACUUUGACAGAAAUGAGUCCCAGAGCUAGAGUUUCCACUCAGUUUCAGAGCAGCAGUAAGGCCAGGAAUUGGGCCACGGCCUCCGGGGACUUGAGUCUUGAGUCGGUCUUUGUGACUGAAAGGCUAGCCAAGGCCUCCGCAUCGGAGCCCGCCGUGGCCUCGACAGCUACCAAACCCUCGCCUCCAAACAGCGGGGCUGUUGGUAUGUAUCCACAACAAGAACACAUCCAGUCCAUCCCGCCAGCCUGGCUUUACAACGACAGCCUCAUCCCAGAAAUGUUCAAGAAGGUUCUAGAGUUUAGUAUGACUCCGGCUGGGAUUGACACUGCCAAGCUGUACCCGCUACUCAUGUCGUCGGGUCUUCCUCGGGAAGCUUUGGGCCAAAUUUGGGCAUCCGCCAACCGCACAACACCUGGCAUGCUUACAAAAGAGGAACUCUACACUGUGCUGGCGCUGAUUGGUGUGGCACAGAGCGGCCUGCCUGCGAUGAACGUGGAAAUCCUCAGUCAGUUCCCGUCUCCGCCGGUGCCCAACCUGCCGGCCCUUGCGAUGGCCUUAGCGCCCAUCAUGCCCCAGCACCAGCAACCCAUGAUGACCCACCAGCCAGUGUCCAUGCCCAUGCCCACCCCACCCUCUACAGGCAUGCCCCACAUGACAGUGGCACCAGUAUCAGCACCCGCCAACUUCAUUGCAAGUUUCCCUCCUGUUCAGGGGACCAAAGUGGAAGACGACGACUUCCAGGACUUCCAAGAGGCUCCCAAAGCUGGCUCUGGCGACCAGGCGUUCACUAAUUUCCAGGGGGAAUCAAGCGCAAAGUUCCCCGCCAGCUCGGCGGUGCAGCAUCAAAACAGCGUACCUGCCAUGUUGACUCCUCUGUCCGGGGCCUCCUCAGCCUCCUCUGAUAAGUACGCCGCCUUCAAGCAGCUGUCUGUGGAUCAGCCCACAGAAGUCCCGCUCCCUACCUCAGAUGGAGGAGACAAAUAUAGUGUCUUUAGACACUUAGAAACUCCGACUGACAAGAAACCACUAGGUGAGGCAUUUACCGAUUUCAAGUCUGUCCGAACUGACGACAGCUUCACUGACUUUAAAACCGCAGACAGCGUCUCUCCACUAGAGCCAUCGGAACAGGCCAAGAUCUUCCAGCCCCCCUUCCCUUCCGCUUUCCCCAACUCUCAGCCUUUCCAACAACAGCAGCAGCCGCCAGCCGCUUCUCUUUCUCAAGCCAAAAACCCUCUCAACAUGGCAGACCUGGAUCUUUUCUCCUCCAUCCCUCCCUCCGCUCUGCCUGCCUCCGACGCACAAGCUGGCUCAUCACCUCCUUUUCUCGCGGUCCCACCAGGCGACCCCAAGUCUGACGGCUUUGGCGGCUUUGCACUAUUUGGCUCUUCAUCCUCAGAUGCCGCUCGAGCGCCGGGGGUGGCGGCGGCAGUGGCGCCGCCGCAGGAUGACUUUGCUGACUUCAUGGCGUUCGGGAGUUCCGGCGGGGAGCCCAAAAGCAAAAGCAGCGCAACGGUCCACAACGAGACCUCCUUUCAGCAGAACUCGGACAAGUAUGACGUGUUCAAGCAGUUAUCCUUCGAAGGUGGUGGCCUGGCCUACGAUGACGCCAAGGACAGCGGCGACGACUUUGCCGACUUCCAGUCGUCCAAAUUCUGCACGGCGCUUGGCGCCUCCGAAAAGACCCUGGUGGACAAGGUGGCCGCCUUCAAGCAAGGCAAGGAGGAUUGCGCCUCGGUCAAGUCCCUGGACCUCCCGUCCAUCGGGGGCAGCAGCGCCGGGAAAGACGACUCUGAGGACGCGCUGUCGGUGCAGCUGGACAUGAAGCUCACCGAUACGGGCGGGGACUUGAAGCACGUGAUGUCGGACAGCUCGCUGGAUCUGACGGGGCUUUCGUCCCACCAGCCGCCCGCUACAGAGGGAGACGACAUGAAAUUUGACCCGUUUGGGACCUCGGGCCUCAGCAGCCUGGCCAAUUACGACUGGUCAGACAGGGAGGACUGCGUCACUAGCGAGCUCCAGAAGCCACGAGGCCACGGGGGUGCCGGCCCUCCGCUUUUUACAUCUACUCAAGAGGCCGAAUUGAGCUCUGAAAGCGUCUCAGCCGCCUCACCUGCCAACAUCGCCUCGUCCCUCGACGCCGAGGGUGACAAAUCCAAAGCCUUUGCCAACUUCGAUGGUAGAGAACAGCAAAGCGGCAAAGACGAAGAUGACUUCGGGGACUUUGCAAGCACCGUUUCCGAGAAGCCCGACUCACUCGUUGAGGGCGGCUUGGAGGCCAACUUGAGCGAGAACUCGGACGACUUUGGCGCCUUCCAGGGAGACAAGCCAAAGUUUGGCAAGUCUGACUUCCUGAAGGCUAGCGCUCAGCCCAAAGUCAAAUCCAGCGAGGAGAUGAUCAAGAAUGAGCUGGCCACAUUUGACUUGUCUGUUCAAGGCUCCCACAAGCGCAGUCACAGCCUGGGAGAAAAGGAGAUCGGCCGCCUGCCCGCAUCGCUGCCUCCCGAGCAGCCCUUCAGAGACCGAUCCAGCACCUUGAGCGAGAAGCCCACCUUGCCCAUCAUCCGGGACAAGUACAAGGAUCUGACGGGGGAAGUGGAGGAGAGCGAGCGCUAUGCUUACGAGUGGCAGAGGUGUUUGGAAAGUGCUCUUGAGGUCAUCACCAAAGCCAACAACACGCUGAACGGCAUCAGCAGCUCCUCUGUGUGCACCGAGGUCAUCCAGUCUGCUCAGGGGAUGGAGUAUCUGCUGGGUGUCGUGGAAGUGUACCGCGUGACCAGGCGGGUGGAGCUGGGCGUCAAGGCGACGGCGGUGUGCUCGGAGAAGCUUCAGCAGCUGCUGAAGGACAUCAGCCGCGUGUGGAACAAUCUCACGAGUUUCAUGUCGCUGGCCAAGCUAGUGCCUGACGAAAGCUCUCUGGAUUUCUCCACCUGCAUUCUGCGGCACGGCAUCAGGAACGCCAAGGAGUUGGCCUGCGGUGUCUGCCUCCUCAACGUCGACUCCCGCAGCAAGAUCAAAGAGACAAGGACGCUUGGGCGCCUCCUUAAACGAGCGUUGACUCCAGAAAGUGUUCGGCGGUCCAUGGCGUUCAACUCGGAGACGGACAACUUCAAGCUUGUGUACGGCGGGCACCAGUAUCACGCCAGCUGCGCCAACUUCUGGAUCAACUGCGUGGAGCCCAAACCGCCGGGACUCAUCCUGCCCGACCUGCUCUGAAUGACCAACUUUCAACCUUUUUGACUUUUUCCAUUCAUUCAUUGAGUCACAUCCACUGGCGGCCAUUUUACUCUCUUGACUGGAUCCUGUUCAAAGCUUGAAGGUAUUCAUUGUCCUUUGGAAUGUAACAAAAUGGAUGCUGACUUGAAUGUAGUCUUGUUUUAAAUGUCACUUUCAUUGUUUUUAACUCUCCUUGGCUGGAAGACGCAUUUUAUUUAAUAUUAGUUUUGAAUAUGUCUUUGGAUAUUUAACUGGUGUACAUUUUAGUUAAUCGAAAGCUGGAAAUUAUUUUGGGGAAAAUGUAAUUUAAUUAAGUUGUGUUUGCGUGCUAUGUGAAUGCGAUGUGAAUAAACCAGUGCAGCAGUUUGAA